CCUCCACGAGUCUCACAGUGUGAGUCUGAGACUCAACUCCAAGUCUCUCUUUUUCCUUCCAUCUCCCGCCAUCCGCCGGUGAAGCGAGCGAAAGAGGAAGGCCAGAGCGCGAAACCAUGCACUCCUCCCCCUUCUCCUCCUCAUCUUCUUCUUCCUUUUCUUCUGAAACAUCUACUCCGCUUACGGCGCACCAAUCUCUGUUGUUUCCAAACCUACCAGACGACGUAGCCCUGCAAUGCAUCGCAAGGGUCCCUCAUUUCUACCACAGCGACCUCUCCCUUGUCUCCAAAUCAUGGCGCUCCCUCCUCCGCUCUCCCAUCUUCUUCUCUACUCGGAAUCGCCUUAAUUGUACCCAACAGUUCCUUUUCAUUAACGUCCGCAUCCAUGGCUCUUCCUUCAAGUGGUUCGCCCUUGAUCAUACCCCGUCCAACCCUCAAAACCCUAGAAACCUCUCUCCUGUUCCUCCCAUCCCUUCUCAGGCCAUCGGCUCUGCCUUCGCCGUCAUCGGACCCAGAAUCUAUGUCCUUGGUGGUUCCGUAAAUGAUAUCCCAUCUUCCACCGUUUGGAUCUUCGAUACUCGAUUCAGUCGAUGGGAAAUUGGACCCAAAAUGCGCGUCGGAAGGGAAUUCGCCGCCGCUGGUGUUCUCAAUGGGAAAAUUUAUGUCAUGGGAGGUUGCUUGGUGGAUUCUUGGGCUCGAUCCACCAAUUGGGCUGAAGUGUUCGACCCUUUGUUGGGGUCUUGGGCUCCUGUUCCCAGCCCUGCUGAGGUUAGGGAGAAAUGGAUGCAUGGGAGUGCUGUCUUGGAGGAAAAAUUUUAUGCCAUGGCCGAUCGGGGAGGGGUUGUCUACGAUCCUUUUGAGGCCUCGUGGGGCUUUGUACCAACUGAGCUUGAUAUGGGGUGGAGAGGCAGAGCUGCUGUGGUUGAUGGGGUUUUGUAUAACUAUGAUUAUUUGGGUAAAAUCAAGGGUUACGACGUGAAGGAGGGCAUAUGGAAGGAAUUGAAAGGUGUGCAGAAGGAUUUGCCCAAGUUCUUAUGUGGUGCAACCAUGGCUAAUGUUGGAGGGAGGUUGUCUGUUGUCUGGGAAGAGAAGGGUACUGGUAAACAGAUGGAGAUAUCAUGUGCGGAGGUUGAAGUUCGCAAGGAUAGCAAUGGUGGAUUGUGGGGUUCAAUCGUUUGGUCACAAGUGAUCCUGGUGAUCCCAGCUGGGUCGUCAAUUGUUCAUUGCUUGGCUGUUGGAUUUUGAGUUUGCUCAAAGGUAUUGAAUGGUCUGCUUUCUGAAUAGGAUGGCCUGAACUACUAUUCCUCUCGGUGGAGCAACAUACGCUGUUAAUGGUGCUGCUACAUGGUUGACAUAUGACUUCGACUUCCCAAGAAAUGCCUUUCAAUCAUGUUGGACCUCUAUACAGGGGAAAAAGUUUCCAAGCAUUAUAUACCCUCCCCCCCCCCAAACACACACACACACUCUGCUGCAACAGCAGAGAGAACCUGGUGUGAGCUGAUACAAGUGGAUGUUACCACUUGCCAGGCAGAGCUCCAUUGAGGAAUUGUAAAAUGUUUUUGGUGUGACCAUUAUUACUUCUUUAUCAGAGUUAAAACAAUGUAGAGGCUAGCCUUCCAAUUUGCUUUCAA